UCUUCCAGGAGCAAAGCCCAGAAAGCAUCAUGAGCCAGGCGGCUGGGGGUCCUCUGAAGGCUGUUGGAAUUGAUUUCCUCAGAAAAAAGAAUGUCUGUCUCCAUCAUACCUAUGACUAUGAGAACACUAACCUGAUCGUGCGACGGGGGAAGGAGUUUACCGUGAAGCUGACUUUUAACAGGGAGGUGCACGAUAAAGACAAAGUCAUCCUGCAGCUCAGCAUUGGUGAAAAACCAAUGAAGUCCAAUGGAACUUUCCUACGUCUGAACGUAAGGUGUGGGCAAAAUGAUCAACCAUGGCAUGCAAACAUCUGUGAAACAGAUGGGAACGAGUGCCUGAUAGCUGUUACCAGUCCAGCAGAUGCCAUUAUUGGAAAAUACCUUGUGAAGGUGGACACGGGGCAUAAUGUUUACAAUCCUGAUAAGUUUUUCUACCUGUUAUUCAACCCUUGGUGUGAAGCGGAUACUGUUUUCAUGCCUGAUGAUGAUGAAAGAACUGAAUAUGUGAUGAAUGAUACAGGCUACAUCUAUGUUGGAUCAACAAAAAACAUACGUGGAAGGCCUUGGAAUUUUGGACAGUUUGAGAAAGACAUCCUGGACUGCUGCAUGUACCUUCUGGACAAGAGCCAACUUAAACCAAAUGCUAGAAAAGAUCCUGUAAUCAUCUCCAGGGCCAUGUCAGCUUUGUGUGUUUUGGACCUUUGUCUACCAUUCAUGAACACAUUUGGUUUCCCAGAGAUGGUUAUGCGCUGUUUGGGGGUUCCAGCCAGAAGUGUGACCAAUUUUGCAUCAGCUCACGAUACAGAAGAAAAUCUGAAAGUUGAUGUUUUCUUGAAUGAAAAUGGAGAAAAGCUGGACCACCUAACCACAGAUUCUGUUUGGAACUUCCACGUAUGGAAUGAUGUCUGGAUGAAAAGACCAGAUUUGCCAAAAGGCUUUGAUGGUUGGCAAGCAAUUGAUGCCACACCACAGGAAAAGAGCCAAGGGAUUUUCCAGUGUGGCCCUACUCCAAUAAGUGCAAUCAAAAAAGGCGAAGUCUAUCUUCCCUAUGAUUCUAAAUUUGUGUUUGCUGAAGUGAAUGCAGACAAGGUCUUCUGGCUUGUAAAGAAGAAGGAUGGCAAAGAAAAAUACAUCAGGCUUCGUGAAGAAACCAAAGUGAUAGGGAAGAGCAUCAGCACCAAAGCUGUUGGAAAGAACGUCCGGGAAGACAUCACUGAUCAAUACAAAUAUCCAGAAGAGUCUCCUGAGGAAAGGAAAGCAGUGAAAACUGCUUGCUACUAUCUGCAGUCUUGCAAUUUGGGCACCUUGGCAGACCAAUCUUCUCGGGAAUCCCUAAAGGCUGACCUGAAAUUUGGGAUAGAAGGAGAUGAAACAGUGUGUCCAGGGCAGCCCAUUGAUCUCAAAAUUUUUAUAAAGAAUGAGUCUCUGGGUGCAUGGACAAUCGAUUUUAUUGCCUCUUGUCAACUGGAAUCAUACACUGGGAAUGUAGAGGCCAACCUUGCAUCCAUGAAGCAGACAAUCCAAACAGAAGGCAAGCCAGAUAUUGAGAUCCCCCUGAAAAUAUCAGCUGAUGCUUACAUAAAAACAUUGAUGGAUGUAGAAGAUGAACUUCUGUUCAAAAUCAAUAUCAUUGCUGAGGUUCAAGAAACAAAUGAGAAGUUCAUGGAAGAGGUGAUGCUCAACUUUCAGUAUCCAAAACUCAAAGUGGAGAUGGCAGAUACGGCAAAAGUUAAUGAAGACUUUACCUGUGCAUUCAUUUUCAAGAACACACUGUCCAUUCCCUUGGAAAAAUGCAAACUCCACGUAGAAGGCCUAGGUCUUUUUACAAUGGAAACAUUUGAUCAAGGGAACAUUGCACCUGGAGGAAUAUUUAAAUGCAAAAUAGUGUGUGCACCAAGGAAGACUGGGCUGAAGAAGAUAGUGGCCAAACUGACAUCCACCCAGAUAAAAGGGAUAACAGAAGAAAAGGUUAUCUGUAUUACUAAGUAGAGCAUUCCCAAAUGCUGUCAAAUGGGGUACUUCUUUGAAUGUAGUACUUUGACACUGCUUUGCAUCCUUGACAACACAGACAUAAUGUUAAACUGUGAGAGCUUGGGUGACUUAAGGCUAUAGCUUAUAAUAAUUAUUUAAGUCUUUUCUUGCAUAUAUUGAGACCUGAAAGCUUGUGAUGACUAAAAAUGUGAUUUGUAAAAUCGGGGGUGAUAUGUCAACAGUUCUGGCAACAAUUUGGCCCUUUUGACAGUGUUUAGCUUUGUAAUUUGCAAAAGUAGAAACUGUGUACUGCUCCAGAAGUCUUCAGACAGCAACUCCUCAGCAGCUCUAGUAAGCGUUGCCAAGAAAUGCUGGGAAUUGCAAUCCAGCAAAAAUCUAGAAGGCCACAAAAUUCCUAAACUUGAUCUAAUGCCAACAAUUCUUUCACCCUUCUUGCUCUCUUAGGUAGCUUUGCCAGCUGCUAAUUAUGACUUAUUAUUUGUAGGCUUAUCUACAAAGCUGCAUACAGCCCCAAUUCAAUCUCUCUCUCUCUCUCUCUCUCUCUCUGUUUCUCAACAUAGUAAAUUAGGUUAUAUUUUAUAUAUCGCACUGAAAUUGUUCAGUUUUAACCAAAUCUAAAAUUCUUCACUAAGCAAUAUGUGCAGACCUGUUUUGGUUUUAUAUUAGGAUGUUAACUUCAAAUAGUACAUUCAUCUCAAAAUGUACAACUGCCAACCUGUGAGUGAGCUUAGGUACUUAACUUUCCUUCUUACACUGGGA